AUGGGCAAGAAAAGAACGCAUGAAGAAGAUGGAGAAGGUCACCAGCUUAAAAAGAAAAUAAAAAUGGAAGUUCAUGAUGUAGAUCAGGAGCCCGAUUUGAUUGUGUUGGAAGAGAAACCAUCCAAGAAAAAGCACAAAAAAGAGAAAGACAGGUUACAAAAAUCUCGCGUCAAGCAAGAGAUGUCCGGAAUAAAUGAGCAGACUGAAAGUGGUUCUCAAAACAAGAAAGAAUACAGGAAGAAGGCAAGAGGAAUGAAUUUAUCGAGAACAAGAGACAUACUCGACUUUGACGAAGCUAAGAAGUUAAUACUGACAAACAAAAAAUGCGGAUUGACGGCAGUACGCGAGAAAAGACAUGUCACCUUACCCUAUCAUUUGAUAGGAGGAAACGUGACGAAGUCUUGCGAAUUCAUAGCGAAAAUGACCAUUGGCAAGUAUAGGACAAAAGUCAGAGGAGUAGUGGUUUCUAUAGGAUCAGUACGUCUGGCCUCGCUUCCGCGAGUCAUUGACGAUCAGAAUGUGUGCCAUCUGGAUAUCUUUGUUACGCAAGCUGUGUUCAGACCGAUUAUGGGUCAAAUGUACGAAGCACGCGUCACACAUAUUGCUGAUGAUUUCUUGUCUGCGCUUAUUCUGGAAGCAAUAGCAAUCAAUAUGCCAAUUGACGAUAAGUUUGAAGAAAAGUUGAAAGGUAUAGUUCUUGAAGUUAAUGACAUCAUCGAAGUGAAGCAUAACGCUAUUACGAUCAAACGUGGUAUUUGCCAGCUCAAGGGGAAAUUCGUGCGAAUACUGAGAAAGGGAGUGCCCAAUGUUGAAAGCGCUGAGGCACCAAUCAAGAUAGAAGCGAAAGCUACUGGUAAGAAGGUAGUUUUUAGUGAUUCUGAUGUUGAACAGUGAUCUCAUAUUGGUUGUUAUUUCCCAUCGUUGUUUAUUGUUAUUGUUGCUUUUCUGUUUCUUUGGCGGCAGAUUUUAUCAUACGCGGGCCUUCAAAAGGGAUCUUAAUUUCUGAAAGACAGUACGGUUUCUUAGAAUGCACUGUCUCCCGCUCAAGAAUUAGCUAGCAGUCGACUUUUUAGCCAAAUAUAGGCAACCUUAAAUAGCAGUUAUUUUAGCCUAGUUAGUGUUUUUGCUAAAGUUGGCUUUUGCUUGAGUUUAUCUAUGAAUCGGUGUUUACUUAUGUUUACUAAAGAUAGCUAA